GACUGAUGUCAUAGUUGAAAGCAGUCCGGAUGAGUAUUUUAACAAAAAUAAAAUAAUAAAGAUCUCGUAUAGUUUAUUAAUUAUUAGCUCUUAUUAAUAAAAAUGGAACUAAAUGAUGUCAUCGUGAAUCAACCUGUGGUUAUAGACAAUGGUUCUGGAGUAAUUAAAGCUGGAUUUGCUGGUGACCAAAUACCAAAAUGCAGAUUUCCAAACUACAUCGGACGUCCAAAACAUGUCCGUGUAAUGGCAGGUGCGCUAGAGGGGGAGUUGUUUGUAGGUCCUCGUGCAGAGGAACACAGAGGGCUCCUCAGCAUAAAAUACCCGAUGGAACACGGAAUUGUGACGGAUUGGAACGAUAUGGAACGAGUUUGGAAUUAUAUUUAUAGUAAAGAUCAACUAUCAACAUUCUCUGAAGAGCAUCCAGUGCUGUUGACAGAGGCACCUCUUAACCCUCGUCGUAACAGGGAAAAGGCUGCCGAAGUCUUCUUUGAAACAUUCAAUGUACCAGCCCUGUUUCUCUCGAUGCAAGCUGUUCUUAGUUUAUAUGCAACGGGACGUACGACCGGUGUCGUUUUGGACUCCGGGGACGGUGUGACUCACUCGGUGCCGAUAUACGAAGGUUUCGCGAUGCCGCACAGCAUCAUGAGGGUCGACGUGGCUGGCAGAGACGUGACCAGAUAUCUGAGGCUUCUUCUCCGUAAAGAGGGCGUUAAUCUCCGGACGUCAGCGGAGCUGGAGAUCGUUAAGGCGAUCAAGGAGAGGGCCUGCUAUCUCUCCCCUAACCCCCUGAAGGAGGAAGCUCUGGACUCUGAGCGGGCGCAUUACACGUUACCGGAUGGCACUCAGCUGGAGAUCGGUCCGGCAAGGUUCCGAGCGCCUGAAGUGCUGUUCCGACCUGAUCUCAUCGGGGAAGAGUGUGAAGGUCUACAUGAAGUGUUGAUGUUCGCAAUCCAGAAGUCUGAUAUGGACCUGAGGAAGGUUCUAUACCAGAACAUAGUCUUGAGCGGGGGCUCCACGCUGUUCCGGGGCUUCGGUGACCGUUUGCUGGCGGAGAUACGCAGGCUCGCACCCAAGGACAUGAAGAUCAGGAUCUCAGCGCCUCAAGAACGUCUCUACUCCACGUGGAUAGGAGGCUCGAUCCUCGCCUCCCUGGACACGUUCCGGAAGAUGUGGGUGUCCAAACGGGAGUACGAUGAAGAAGGACACAGGGCUGUUCACCGCAAGACGUUCUAAACCACAUCUCGAAUGCAAAUAAUAAUACAGCUGUUUUGUUUUGCUGUGACGAAAGCGUAGCUUCCUAAUUGCUGAAUCGGUUUUUGAUGAAGUUCAUUCCAAGAGAUGUGAAGGAGAUUCGUUGUGAGGCAAUCUCGUCUUACACUGACUAACAGUUCAACGCUUAAAUUUAUAUAUAAAGGUGAAUAUUUUCUUUUCUAUGUAUAUAUACAAGUUCUUCGAUGUUAUAUUUAAUCUGUGCUGGUUUAUUUUUUGUUAUUGAUCUGUGCAUUGUGUUUCGACUUUGUGUUGUCAGAUUAUCAGGCAUCGGCGAUAUUCGAAUUUUGUGGCAUCAUGCAGAUGUCUUUGUUUAACCUUACGUUGUACGGUUUGUGUGAAAGAGAAACGAAUUUGAUAUCGAAAUCGGUUGAACAUUCGCCUCAUCUCUUUCUAACAAACGGUUUACUGUGAAGUUAAAGAGAGACAGGACGAAUGUUGCAUGCGUUUAAUGUUAUCGUACUUUGAAUGAAUUGGCCAGAACGAUGUAUAGUUUUAUUAGAUGUGAAAUCGAUGGCAUCUGAUACCGACAAAAUUCGAUUUAAUUUUAUCAGACACAUGCAUACGGAUUAUAAGUAAAUGGUAUGUUUUAAAAGCCUCAAAUUUUCUGAACGAGCACUGAGCGAACAGUCGUUGAAAUUAUUCAAACAAAUCAAAGUCAUAAUAAUAAAUGUGUUCACAUAAAGUGAUCUUCGUUAUUUAUCCUAGAUUAAUUGUGUGGUAUUCUUCAAUGGACACUUUGAAGACUCGAGCUAAUUUCAUAAUUUAUAUUUUGAACUGUCCGAGAUCGAGCUCAACGGAACAGUUAAUUUUUGGUAUAUUUUAAAGGAUUAUAUUUUAUGUUAAGCUAUCACCGCUUUGAAUUGUAGAUUUUACUGAGAACUAACCGAUAUGAAACUCUUUUCCAUCAAUAAAAGAUGCGAUUUGCUAAUAACUCAGCUAUAUUGGGUACUUAAUGGUUCUUGUUUAAUAUAUCAUUGUUUAUAAUACAACACUAUUACACUUAACUACUUACAUCCACUUUAAUUUUACUUCCAAUGUUUCAUCGAAGCUCUAAACGCCAUCUUUGUAAAUCCAUUUUGUGUCAAAAACAUUAUUACCAACACUGUUUCACUUAAAAAUCUAAAUCAAAAUACACUUUAUUCAAGUAGGCUUUUACAAGCACUUUUGAAUCGUCAUAUAACAAACUAUUUAAAGUAAAGCUACCACCGGUUCGGAAUGUAGAUUCUACCGAGUAGAACCGGCAAGAAACUCAAUAGUUACUCUUUUUCAACAUCAUAACUCAACAUAUUAAAAAAUAACCAAAAGUUAAAUUCACAGAUAAAUUAUUUGCUUAAGUUGGAAUGAUACACUUAGAGUAAUCUUAAUGACAGCUUUCUUUAGAAUUCUAGGUAUUAUUAUUUAUUUUGCAUCUUAAAAUAACUGAAACUAUGAAUUAUGCAUGUAACAUGUACUUGUUUUUUAAUAAAACUAAUUCCGUUUACAUGUUAUAUAAUAAUUUAUACGGUAACACAAAUAUGUACAUUAUUGUAAUUGGUAUAACAUGCUGUUAUGAUAUUAAACAUGCACAUUUAGUAUAUGCAUGUUACAUGCAAAUGCAUGCAUUAGAUUUAAGUGUAAGCGAGCAAGAUAUAAAGUAUUUAAUGUUGAGAGAUUUUUUUGUAUUCCAAUAAAUUAUUUUU